AUGACGCUUACCCUUGCAUUAAUCUCCAAAAUCGACUUAAAAGACGCAACCCUCACCGACACUUUAGAUCACUUCAAUUUCGCCUCAUUCCCUUAUCUCAAAAUUUUCGACCUCAGUGGCAACAAUUUCAACGGCUCGAUUUUGGCCCGUAUUGGCAGCCUCGCCAGGCUCACUCGAUUGGACUUGGGCAGUAACAGUUUCGGAAACUCUAUCCCCAAAGAGAUUUUCAGUUUGACUAAUCUCAAUCAAAUGAGCCUCUACAACAACAACCUCAACGGAGUGAUCCCUUCCCAAAUCGGCAAUCUUCGGAAGUUGGAGUUUCUGAAUCUUGCCUCCAAUUACCUGGAGGUACCCGAUUCAUCGAAAAUCCAAAGCAUGCCCGUGUUGCGCCAUCUUGAUCUUAACCUUAACGAGCUCACGUCCGAAUUUCCAUCUUUCAUUUUGAAAUGUCCCAACCUCACUUAUCUCGAUUUGUCAAGCAACAGCUUGUCCGGUCGUAUUCCUGAAUCUUUGUUCAGUAAUUUGGUUAAGCUUCAAUAUCUUAACCUCAGCAUGAAUUCCUUUGAAGGCCAAUUGUCCAAGUAUAUCUUCAAGCUAUCAAAUUUAAUCGACCUCCGAUUGGCAGAUAACCUCUUCUCAGGCGAAGUACCUUAUUCCUCUAGCUUACCACGUAAUCUUGAAAUUCUUGAGUUGCAGAACAAUUCCUUUGCAGGAAAAAUACCAUCCUCUGUAGGGCAACUCACGAAUCUAAAGCGGCUCGACCUUAGCAUGAACAUGUUGAAUUCGACAAUACCUGUCGAGCUCGGUCAAUGCACUAAGUUGACUUAUUUAGCUCUGGCCAAGAAUUCCCUUUCUGGGCCUUUGCCUCUGUCAUUAUCCAACUUUGCCUCUCUUCAGAAUAACAAUUUAAGCGGCAGAAUUCCAUCGGAGAUAGGAAAACUGACAGACCUCAACCUCCUCUACAUCUACAACAACAAUUUGUCGGAUGAAAUCCCACCAGAGAUAGGGACUUUAAAGAAAAUCUUGCAGCUAGACCUUUCGUCCAAUCGCCUCUCUGGAAAAAGACCCUCGACCAUCGGAAACCUCAAGAAUCUCACACACAUUAGCCUUUUCUCCAACGAACUCGCCGGAAAUAUUUUGCCUGAAAUCGGGAAUUUGAAUUCCCUCGAAGUUCUUGAUCUCAGCCAAAACCGGUUGAGCGGGUCCUUACCAAACUCCAUCUCCAACCUUUCUAAGCUUACUUACUUAUCCGUUUUGAACAACAAUCUCUCAGGACCCAUCCCUCAAGACCUGGGAAAGAAGAGUUCCCAACUGGCUGGCAUAAGCUUGUCAAACAAUAGCUUUUCAGGCCUUCUGCCGCCAAACUUAUGCUACGGCCUAGCCUUGGAAACCUUCACUGUCAACAUGAAUGGAUUUUCGGGCCCCUUGCCGCACUGUAUCAGGAGUUGCCGAGGCCUGAAGAGGGUGCGUCUCGAAAUGAAUCAGUUAUCUGGUGACAUUUCAGAUGCAUUUGGCAUUCAUCCGCAACUCGAGUUCUUAAGCCUGAGUUGGAAUCGGUUCACCGGCCAGAUUACGCCCAAAUGGAGAAAGAGUGAGAGCAUCACGGAUAUUCAGAUGGGUCACAACAACAUAUCAGGCCCUAUUCUAGCUGAGUUAGGUAGUCUCGAAAAACUCCGCGUUCUAGACUUGAGCUCAAACAAAUUGACGGGCAACAUUCAGGUUGAACUUGGAAAGCUAAACCGAUUGCUUAGUCUCAAUCUCAGUGGCAAUCUUUUGAAAGGACAAAUUCCAAGGGAGAUGGGGCAGUUGAGAAUGGUUGAGUACAUUGAUCUGUCGUGA